UGCUUGGCAGUCGAGCAUGAUUGGGGUCACAGGAUCUAAAGUCACCCUUUCUCCUGGUCGUUCACCUUCUCUUCUUCCCAUCAACGAUAUAGCUCCCAACAAGCCUUCGUUAACAUUUCCAGCACUAACUUUUAGUACCCCUACUCUUUUGCUAUUUUUUUUAGCUGCGAGUUUGCAUCAAUUGCUUUAGUACUGCCGCAUCACCAACAUCAAGUAGGCGCUCGCUACUAGUCGUGCCACUUGCUCCUUCCGAUUUCCAAGAACACGUGCGAUUUCUUGCGAGGAGCAGCUCUUUUUCACAAAUGGCAUCCAACGUUCCAAUAAACGGUGUUAAGAUAUCUCCCAUCGACGAUCCCCACAAGGUUGUCAAGGUCGUCGCAACAGACGGUAAAACAUCAGAACAGAGGGAGAUUGCCUACACAAAUUGUAAAGUCAUUGGAAACGGCUCUUUUGGAGUCGUAUACCAGGCAAAACUCGUAGGAGAGUCAAAGGACAGAGAGGAUAUAGCCAUCAAGAAAGUCCUUCAGGACAAACGAUUCAAGAAUCGUGAACUACAAAUCAUGAGACUUGUAUCACAUCCAAACGUCGUGGACCUCAAAGCUUUCUUCUACUCCAAUGGAGAAAAGAAGGACGAAGUUUACCUCAAUCUUGUUCUUGAAUACGUCCCAGACACCGUUUACCGCGCCAGCCGUCAUUACACAAAGUUGAAGCAGCCUAUGCCGAUGCUUCAAAUCAAGCUGUACAUGUAUCAGCUUCUCCGGUCACUUGCCUACAUUCACUCAGUGGGCAUCUGCCAUCGCGAUAUUAAACCUCAGAAUCUCCUGUUGAACCCUGCUACGGGCGUUCUAAAUUUGUGCGAUUUCGGCUCAGCAAAAAUCCUCGUCGCUGGAGAGCCAAAUGUUAGUUACAUUUGCUCGAGGUACUACAGAGCACCUGAACUUAUUUUCGGUGCUACCAACUACACAACAAACAUUGACAUAUGGUCGACGGGUUGUGUGAUGGCAGAGCUGAUGCUAGGCCAACCUCUGUUCCCUGGGGAGAGUGGCAUCGAUCAGUUGGUGGAGAUCAUCAAGGUUCUUGGGACGCCGUCACGAGAACAAAUUAAGACGAUGAAUCCAAAUUACAUGGAGCACAAGUUUCCUCAAAUCAAGCCUCACCCAUUCUCCAAGGUAUUCCGACCACGCACUGCGCCGGAAGCGAUUGAUUUGGUUGCGAAGUUACUGGAAUAUACGCCGGGGGCACGUUUAAGUGCAGUAGAGGCCAUGGUGCACCCAUUCUUUGACGAACUACGAGUGGAGGGAGCAAGGAUGCCGAACGGGAAGGAAUUUCCUCGUUUAUUCGACUUUACACGAGAAGAAUUGUCGGUGCGACCAGACUUAAACCGACUCCUGGUUCCGCCACACUGCGAGGCUGAGCUACGCUCACGGUCGAUCGACUUGGAUACUUUUGUGCCGAUACCUCUGGAUCAACUUAAGAUCACGCUUGAUUGAUUGAGAGGAAGGAGGCUAGUAUCUGAUUUCUGCGUAUCCUAUAAUAUUGAUCGAUGAGUGCGUGUAUCCUGUCUGUUGUAUUGAUUCUGUAUCGUGUUCACGUCAUAUUUUUGUUGAAUUGAUUUUCCACGGUUCGUUCAGUACCACUGUACCACUGUACACAUGAUGUUUACUAUUAUGCCUGUCGUCGAGCAGAUGUUUUGUUGCUGCUUCAAGCUUGUGCCUGAAAUUGCGUGACACGAGAUAUUAUGAUGUGA